CAGCCAUCCACUUUGAGACUUUGAGGUGUGGAGAGAUUUCCAGUUCCUCUUCAUGAAAACCUCCCUACCCAGACUGCGUCAUCCCAUCACUGUCAUCCCAUCACUGCGUCAUCCCAUUACACCAUCGAUGUCUUUUGACCAAUGUGGACCACUCAGCCGCAGUCAACCAACUGUCGACCCGACCUACGUGGCGUUUCAGUGCACGGGGCCGUCUCCACCGCGCGCGGCGCGCGUGAGCGAGAGAUGCUUACGACCCACCGAGGCCAAUGCGACCGGAGGACCAGAGAGGCCCCGGGCGCUCAAUGUGACUCUCGCCUCCCAGCAGAUAGGUGGCCAGCGGCAGCGGCCUCACUGGUGGAGUCUGGCUGAGGUCAAGCAGACGUUGCGCAACGCAGUUCGAGGGCGCGAGGUGCCCUCGGCGGAGGCGAUGCUGUUCACGGCCGGUCUGAUUGCAGCCAUCAUGAUGAUGUCAGCCGCCUACGACUACGGGCAGGUCGGAAGGAAACAGAGUGAGGUGCGCAGGCAGCCUCUUCACGAGCCCCCACUGCGCAGCGCAGCGCCUGCUGCCUCGGGUGCAGGUUCUACGAGCAAGAUCCAGUGA